UAAGUGAAAGAUAAAUAGUCCAACCCCUACCAUUUUGUCCAAGUAGUUAUCUAAUUUUGUUUUUAAAAUUAUAGAAAAAGAAGCAUAGAAAUUAUAACAGUUAAUUAUGUCGUUAUACAGUUUGGUAGGAAUCAAACCAACUAUAAAUAGAAGGGUGGACGCCGUGAAAGGUGGUCGAAAACAUGGAUAUUGCAGACACCGCCACCACUUCCACGACGGCGAUGACGUCACUCUCCGCCGUCGAUGACGUCAUAUCUCCUGAGGAGCAUAGUGUGACAUCUGUAAGUGAGGAUCAUGAGACGACAUGUUGGGGCUGUGGGCUCCGUGUACUUGUUUCACCACAUGUACCAGCUUUCAAAUGUUUCUGGUGCGGAGCUAUAACCAAUCAGAACGUAUUUAAAAACGAGAACCAGAACUUCAGGUGGAGACGAUUGCGAGACCGGUGCUUUGUCAGCAUCCUCAUUGUCUUCAUGCUAUUGAUAAUAUGUGGCGGUAUGUGGGCCAUUUAUCCAGCAGUAGUUUCUGCCGGUUACAUCUAUGGCGGUGUUAUCAUUUUGAUUGCUAUAUUAUUGUCCAUAUCUACCCUGUCUACAUUUAGCCUUUCUGCAUUUCGAUCUGCUGGUGCUCCACCAAACAUACUGUGGGGUAGCUAUCCUGCCGUAACAAAAGGAGCACUCGAGAAUUAUAGAUUUUGUGAAUAUUGUUCAAAGCCAAAGUCACCUAGGGCACAUCAUUGCCGUUCUUGUGGGAUGUGCGUAUUGGACAUGGAUCAUCAUUGUCCAUUUAUUGGGAACUGUGUUGGUGCAGCAAACCAUCGGCAUUUCGUCAUUUUCCUCAUUUCAGCAAUCAUUAGCAUGAUUUAUGCAUCCAUCACGUCUGCCUAUGCGGUUUAUCAUAUUUGGCCACCCUUAAGCAACUGGCAAAUUCACCUUCUGAAUGGGGCUGUUGGUCAAAAGUUGCUUAUGAGAAUGUUAAAAGAAAUUUUUCUUGCAUUUAUGAGUUCGAUGUUGUUUUUACCGGCAAGAGGACUUGUUCUUAUUUACCUCUUUAUUGCUAGUGUCUCUAUCGAGAUAGGUUUAAGCGUGCUUUUAUGGCAGCAACUCUGUUUCAUAUAUGAAGGCAAGACAUACUUGAGUCAUAUAAGUGCAUCAGGUGGUGAAAGUAGUGCUGUAAAGGAUUGCCAAAAUUUCAUCCGAUUCUUUGGCUUCCCUUAUACUCCAACAAGAUAUUUGCCAAGCUUCUUCAGUUCUAAGAAGAGACACAAAAAAUGAAGCUCAAAACAGGUUUUUUCAGGUACAUGCUGUUUUUUUCGCGAGGACAUGUGGACAUAUGAUGUAUACAGACAGAUUCCUUCAAACAUUACAAAUUUCUGUAGGAAGACAAAGAAGUGUGUCCCAUUUAUGGCACGAUGUAUCAGUAGACUGAAAAUACAAGCGAAAUAGGAGGUUAGACAAUUGAAGCCUGCCUAAUACCCCCCCCCCCCCCCUCCACCCCCUUCCCCCUCUUCUUGUUUAACUUAUAGUUCAAUGGAGAACUAGACCCUAUAAUAUAUGCCUUACAAAAUGAUCAUAUCUCCUGCAAGGAAGUUAAAAGUAUUGGUGGGGGAGGCAUGUUCUUUUUUUUUUUUUUUUGGUGCAUAUAAAUCUUGUUUUACCUUGACCUUGAAUCUUUUCUUUUUCUGGUUUAUUGUAAUUCAUGAGGACAAAACCCCCACCCAAUUUAUUUUUUCUGGAUAAUUUACUCCUUUGUAAUAGUUGACCUUCUACCUUGAUUGAGUCAAAUCCACAUUAAUGCAGAAAGUUGAUGAAUGUGGUCUAUAUUGAAA